AUGGUCAGGAGGAACCAGGAUCCUGACGAGGUAGUGCGAGAGGUUCAGAACAAUAACUUACUUGGCCAGAAUAAUUUGGCUAGCAUGGUCGAAACGAUUUUGGCCCAAAAUGGCCUAAACACAGGUUGUCGAAGGCCAAAUUUUGUUUCUGCCUUCAAUGAAUAUGUGUUGCAAACAAAGUUGCCAAGAGGUUGGAAAGUCCCAAAGUACACUAAGUUUGCUGGGGACACUAGCGAGUCGACUGUAGAACACAUUGCUAGGUACUUAGCUGAAUCUGGGAAUUUGGCAAAUAAUGAAAAUCUGCGAAUGAAGUAUUUUCCUAAUUCGCUUACCAAGAACGCUUUUACUUGGUUCACAACUUUGCCUCCCAAUUCGAUUCAUAGUUGGGCCCAAUUGGAAAGAACUUUCCAUGAACAAUUCUAUAUGGGUCAAACCAAGAUAAGUCUGAAAGAGCUAGCCAGUAAAAAGAAAGAAAUUGGUUUUGUUGAUUCUUAUGAUAAUGAAAUCGAUUAUGAAAUUAGUGAUGAGUACUUAGAAUUUGAAGACAGUGAUAUUAAUGUGGCUGAAUUAAAGCCUGGGCCUCCUUACACAUGGACUUGGUACAAAAAGCGCUGA